AUGCAUCUUCAUCAAGUUUUAACGGGUGCAGCUAAUACAAACGAUUUCAGUUUUGCAGUCGGUAGUAUUGAAAGUGUACACUUUGCCGCUUACGCUGCUGGUUACAAUGUUGUUAUUUUAUCUGGAGAUUUUCAACGUCUACAAGUAAUACCUGGCACUGGACAUGACAAUUGCUUAAUAACUUGUGUCGAUUGUACGAAUGAGACAGGAAAAAUUGUUGCUGCACAUAACAAUCAAGUUUGUAUUUAUGAGCCAACCCCGGCAGUUCAUAAUCUCUCUCAACGCCUAAAUUAUCAAUGGAUUCAAACAUACAAAUUUUCGUGUUGUGAAAGUUCAGUAACAGCACUAGCAUGGAAUCCCAACGGUAAUCAAUUGAUUGUCGUGUGUGAUUCAACAUUACAAUUAUGGUCAUAUGACAACGACGAGACAGUGACAUCAACGAAACCAACAGCAAACGUUCAAUUUAGCCUUGACGUUGACUUAAAACGAAAACUAACACCACAAAUCCCAAAAACUUGGAAAAACAUUUGGAGUUCUAAAUUGCCAAAUCCAAUUAAAUACGUAGUGUAUUCAAGCGAUGGAACACUUUUCUCUACAAUAGGCCGUGUAAGAAAAGAUGAUCGUUUAGUUCGUGUAUGGUAUCAAACAGCGUCAACAACUAAUAGACCCUCCUUCAUUUAUACAUAUUUGGCUCAUCCUCGUUCUGUUAUUAGUGUAUCAUGGCGUAAAAACUCAAAAUUUUUUCCUGAAGGAACAGUAUCAAAUUGUUUAAUAACGUGUUGUAAAGACAAUAUAUGUCGAAUCUGGUGUCAAACCGAAAAGAAAGAAGAAUCCGCCAUUUAUACUAUGAAUGAUGCAUCUCAACUGCAUGGUAGUCGAAAACGUUAUCAUGAACUUCUGGAUAAAGCAGUACAAAAACUUUACAAAAUGAGAUACCAUUAUUUUAUUCCUGUUUCACCACUAACUAGUCGACCUCUACCUCAUUCAUCUUCACACACAUCUGUUGACCGAUUAAAUAAUGAUACAAAUGUUAUCCCAACAACACCUGUGAUAACUGAUGACAAUAAUCAACAAACACUCCCGAUAAAACUUUCACAUUCAUCUUCUAGUUUGUCAUCAUCAGCUUCUUCCACUACUUCAGCUAUGCUUCCUUCCUCCUCGCUUCCAACAGUACCAUCAACCAGUAGUAUUAUUCGAUUUCAUGUGGCAACUACAAUCAAUCCACACACUGAUAUUUUACUAUCGCCCAGUGUGCCAUCACACAAAGACUAUCCAUUUAUUGUUCAAUGGCUCAAUAACAAAGAUUUAUUUAAUACAUUAUCUAUCGAACGUUUUGUUUAUGAUAUGCAAAAGCAGAGUAAAUUACGUUGUUACCUUGAUGGAAUCAAUAGUAAUGGUGGUGGUGGUGAUAAUACAGAUGGCGAUGAUACAAAUAGCAACGAUACACAAUUAGAUCUGACUAUCGGCGGAAGACGACCAACGGCCUAUGGUAGAUUUAGCAGUAUUGAAGAUUCUAUGCAUUUUCUUGGGAUCCGCACGAAAUUAAAAUCUGUAAUGAAUGAUUGGACCACAAGUCCUGAUGUUCUAUUCAGUAUUCAUCCGGUUGAUGGCAGUCUGUUAUUAUGGGUUGUCGACUGGCUUGAUCAACCAGCACCAUCUUCUUCGCUGUCACUACCAUCAAAAUCAGCUACCAUAUCAUCUUAUCCAGUACUUCAUCGUCAAGUACAAUUUAGUUUUUCGGCUAAAAUUCCUGAUGUGUUUCCCGUGGGUGAUGCAUUAUCACUUCGUCCAUAUUUAGUAUUAUAUUGUGAUCAUUAUCCUCCGCCAUCAGUCGCUGUACGUCCAGAUGCUACAGAACUUAUUAAAUGGUCAUCAAAUAAUAAUAAUGUACAUAGGCUAGAACAAUUAUUACCACUCGUCAAUAUGGUUACAAAACAUACGAAUGGCACACUUAAUUUAUGGACACUAACAUUUACAAACGAACAAAAAUUUCAAUCUCUUAUUUGCGUGUCACAUUUAGCUCGAAUGUGUGGACACCAUUUUUCCAUUCGACACGUUGUUUGUCAUUCAAUUGUACCGCUUGUAUUAACAAGCUCAUGUUAUUAUUCGAACGAUGAUGAAACAAUAUCAUCUCCAAUAAAUAAUGAUUAUAAUAGUUCGCUAAUAUUAUGGAGUACAGAACCGAUUGGACCACUGUCAAAAACAGGUGGCAUCACUGAAUUAGCCAGAAUGGAAUCUAUUCAUCAAAAUGCGUAUAAUUUAAUUGCAUGGUUUCCAUUGGUUAUUCCAAGUAUGGGAACAACCUUUUUACGAGACUCUCCUAGUUUUCUGUUUAUAGCAUCUGACGGUGAAAAAUUACGUGUAUACCACAUUAUUUGGAAUGCAAAAAUAUUAUUGACUAGUCGGUUUGAUGGUCCUAAUGUACGUGAUAAUCAAAUACGAGCAAACUCAUCAUAUCGAUUAAAAAUUGCUAGUAUACAAUCCACAGCUCGACCGAGUUGUGUGAUUGAUUUAGCGGAAGUAAUUGAUUCACAGUGUAUCUGGUCUAAUGCAAAAUUAAUUCAUAUAUUUCCAGCAAGUGCGAUUGAUUAUAGUGCACAGUCACCACCAUCCUCUUCAACAUCAACAACAAAAAAACUCUAUUAUCUAGUAUUAGUUGAAAAAGGAGAGACAAAACAAAGUCGUAUACAUAUGUGGGAAAUUAUAAUUACUUAUCCAGAUGAUGAAAAUGAAACAAUUAUUGCUGAUAUGAAUAUUAAUACAAGACAAGAGUCCAGUUGGUUUGUUGAGGUGCAAAGUAAAAAGGUUAGCGAUUAUCUUUUACCAUUACCGAUGGAUGCUGAAUUGCAAUCUGUUGAUGUAUCAUUUGGUCAUUUAAGUUCAAGUUCAUUAUGCUACUCUGACUCAUCGUCAUCAUCUCCAUAUUUACUCACAACAAUUCAUAGUGAUGGUAUUGUACAUUUUUGGAAUUGUACAAAACAAGCUGGAGAAAUUUCUAGUCAAACAAUUUAUGAAUGGAGCGAAUGGUGUGGUAUUCUAACAUAUUGUGAAAAGAGUACAAGAUUAAGUAUUACCGGUUUACCGUUGUGUGUUAGUAAUGCUUAUUGUGGACGAUUAGCAGUUGCUUUUCAAAGUCAAAAUGAAAUGAAUAUUGGAAUUUAUGAAUGUGAAUCAACAGGUGGCACAUCGUGGAAUCAUGAAGAAACAAUUCCUGUGAGUGGUAGUGGUGAUGAUCGACAGGAAAUAUUGUCAAAAAGAUGCAUACAUCUCGAUUGGGCAUCCGUAGAAAAUGGAUCACACUUACUUGCCGCCUGUAUUGGUCAUCGAAUAUCAAUAUAUUCAUUUGUCUAUUCUUCGAAGGCAACCACAACAGGAACGUUACAAUAUAGUCUAAAUAUCUCGUCACCAACUGAUGGUGCACUAAAUUGGAUUCGGUUUCGUACAAUUGAUUUAAGCUAUGUCGAUGGAAAGCCCGCAUUUCCAGUACGUCUGAAAUGGGUUAGAGGUGGAUUAUUAUUUGUUGGAUUAGAUAGUGAACUACAAGUGUAUUCACAAUGGUCGUCAUUAGAUACUAAAAAAUUAAAACAAUUACAAGAACAAGGGCAACAAAAAUUAUUAAAGCCAUUAAUUAAAACAAAACAUCAUAAAAAACAGCUAAAAAAAGCAGUAACAGCAGCUGAUUUUAGAAAACUGUCCGUAUCUGAUGAUGGACAUUCAUCGUCAACAAAUAAUAUUCUAAUGCAAAAACAACAACAACGACGAGAUAAACCAUCAAAGGCACCUUCAUGGUUAACAUUGGAUACCAUUAAUGAUUUAGGACUAUUCAAUGCAACUAGACGUGCUGCCGCUGUUUUACCGCAGUAUCAUCCAAAAUUAUUGCUUGAAUUAGUUCGUUUUGGCAAAUAUCGUCGUGUUAAAGCAAUUUUAGCUCAUUUGACAAGAUGUGUCAUCAAUUCUGUACAUAGUGUUGAAAGCAAAGUUGAAAUGAAAUUGAUGCGAACGCGAACAUUUUCAAUAGCAAAUGUUGAAAAUGAAUCAAGUGGCGUUACUGAAUUGGAACCAGCAAAAUAUAUCGAAAUUGAUUCAAUCCCAUUAUUACCUUUAUUUGCAUUGUUUGUAGCUGAUAAUGAAACAUCAAGAUUAACGCAAGAUGAUGAAGUUAAUAGAACGAAUGACGAUAGUAGUAAUGAUGUCGAGAAUUAUGAUGGCUUAAAUAAAAAAUAUGACGAUUUAUUUGCAACAACAAUGCAUGGUGAAGUUGAAUUCAAAUUUGAUGAAGACAAUGAUAGUGAAAGGAAACAUCGAAAAGAAUUAGAGAAAUUGAAAAGAGAAAUUCUUUCUAAUCGCAAUUGGUCACCAGCGUUCUCGUGUAUAUUCGAUAAACGAAUGGUUGAGUUACUUGUUGACUAUUUUCAACGUAUAAGAUUAACGAGUCUCAGCGGUACGGAUCAAAUGUAUCUAUUAGCAUUAGCGGAUACAUUGGCCACGAUGGGAAAUGAAAAUACCGCUCAAAAUGCUGUGGAUGAUUGUGGACUUCGAUUUCUAAUUGAUGUUAAACGUUACAUUUACUUGUCUAAAAUACUUUCGCCAGCUCAACGUUCAACUUUAUUCAAGUAUACUAUUACUAGUGCAUCAUUUGCAUGGGCAUUUCAUUCUGAUUUACAAGAAGAUUUACUUUCACUGUUACCAUCGAUGGAAAAAGGAAAACCUGAAUGGAAUGAAUUAAAAUUAUUUGGUGUAGGAUGGUGGAUUCGAAAUCGAAGUGUUAUUGUACGACUAUUUGAAAAGCUUGGUAAAACAGCAUUUGAACAAAAUAAUGAUCCACUUGAUGGUGCAUUAUACUUUUUAGCGUUGAAGAAAAAAAGUUUUUUAUAUAAUUUGUACAAACAUGUUCAAGAUGCUAAAAUGCAAGAAUUUUUUAGAAAUGAUUUUACCGAAGAUCGUUGGAUGAAAGCGGCACAAAAAAAUGCUUUUGUUCUAUUAGGAAAACAACGAUUUGAGCAUGCGGCUGCCUUUUUUCUCUUGGCUGGAAAAAUUCAUGAUGCAAUCGAGGUGUGCGUCAAUAAUUUACACGAUAUACAACUGGCGUUAUUAAUAGCACGACUAUUUGAAAAUGAACAACCUUCGUCUUCACUCGUUGAUGAUCUAUUAAAAACACAAAUAACGAUUUCACCCGAUCCAUUUUUGCGUAGUAUGGCUUACUGGUUGCUGAACGAUUAUGAUCAAUCAUUAACGACGUUACUUAUACAGCCAAGUGUUGAACUAAUAACAAAAUAUAAUAGUAUCUAUCCAGUAUCGUUCGAUUAUGAUACAGUAAAACAAUCGAUAUUUAUAUUCUAUGAUUAUCUUAGACAACAUCCUCUUAUAUUACGUGCAAAACAAUUGACUGCAACGACAACAACAGCACCCGAAAAUGAUUUAAAACGUUUUGCAAUUGAACGGCGACUGCAUUUUCAAACAGCCUCGCAUUAUAUUAAUGAAGGUUGUCCAUUACUAGCAUUGGAAAUCUUAGCAAAAUUACCACCAUUUAUUGAAUCCAAAUCAACAAUAGCAACAACUACAUCGAGCCAAGAAUUAACAAACACAAUAAUAGGAAAUGGAGAGCCAGUUGAUUGGAGUAAACCAUUGUCAGCGAAUAAAGAUGAUGAUGGAUUAAAACUGGAUUGGAGUGAUAAUGAUGAUGAUGAUGAUAAUGACAAUAAGAACAAAGAUGAGAAAAAGCAAGUAAUAGUAGAAGAAGAAAAAGUAACGUCAACGAAAAAUGUUGAGAACACAACUAAUGUUCAACAGUUUGAUAAAGUAGGACAAUACAUGAAAUUAAUAUGUUGUUUAAAAAUCGUUGUCGAAGAAAUGGCGACAUUAGCAACCGGUUUUGAAGUUGCCGGUGGACAGUUAAGACAUCAUUUAUAUUGCUGGCUUGAACAAGAGAUAAAAAUUAUUCGACAGUUAUGUGGCAUGGGAUUGAAUAAAGAUGAUGACAACAGUGGUAACGUCGAUCCUUUGUCCGAAGAUUUCGAUGAACCAAUAUUAUCUGACACUGGAAUGAACGAUAAUACCAUUGAAACUGAUCGCGCACAGCAUCAAUCUUUAACACCUUCGUCUCUCGUUCGUACUGGCGAUUUUGAAACAAAAUUUAAACGAUUAAUACGUCGACGUCAAUGGUUAAAAUCAAAUGAAUAUCUUCUACGAACAUUAGUAUCGUUUACAACAUUACAUGGAAUGCAAGGAGGCGGUUUAGCAUCUGUUCGUAUGGAAUUGUUACUUUUGAUGCAAGAGUUAUUUCGUCAAACACGUACUCAAUUAAAAUAUCCAGUUCCCUAUCCAACCAAUGUUCCUUUGUUAAUAGCUAAUCUAUCAUAUUCAUUAAGUGUAAGCAAUAAUUCAAUUAGUUAUGUACGAGAUAUCACCUAUGAUAUAUUGCGAACAAUGAACGAAUGGUCAACAUUACCAACAUUAUAUGAGAAUGCCUAUAGAAUUGUUGCAUUGAGAGAUUUGGCGAUUGCCUUAUCGAGUUGUAUAUAUCAGUCAUUAUGUAAUACGAAUGAAAAUCAAACAACAGAACGACUAGCUGUCGAAUCAUUUCUAAGAUCGUAUUUAUAUCGUCGUGAUUCAACACGUUCUCAUCGUCGAAAAAGUGUAACAUCAUUAAUUGAACGUAAUUCACCCACAACUGCACCAAAAGAUUGGCCAGGUAUAAAGGUGUUUGUUACCAUGGUAAAAGAACAAGAUAACGAUACACCAAGAUUGAAGAUACUUCUUGUUGAAACACUCGUAUCUGUUUAUAUUUCAUUGCUUAUUUACGCGUUAUCAACAGAUGAUUGCAGUACGUUAUAUCGUCUUAUUGUGCGAAAAUGGUCAGUACCUGAAUCAGCCGUUAAACUGUGGUAUGGAGUAUUUGGCGGUGGUGCAAAAAAACAGCUAGCAGCUACUUCAGAAACAACAUCAGCGAUCCCCAUUAUGUCUAGCCAAGCACCUGAAGCGGCUGAAUUACCUUCAUCUCCAACAAAUCGACGUCCAUCUGGUAAUGCAUACGUACAUAGGGUUUUGCCAUCGAAACCCGAUCAGCAAUCACAAAAAAAGCCAUCUUACAUUGAAGUGUUUAUACCACCACGUGCGAGUAUCGUGAAUUAUUUUAUGGCAAAAAUAUCAUCCGAAGUUAACAAUUACAAUUAUGAUUCUGAUAAUGAAGACGAAGUUGAAGAUGAGGAAGAAGAAGAAGAUGGUGCCGACGAUGGAGAAAAAAUUGACAGUUCUCAAAAAAAAAUGAAAGAACGUGAACAUUCUGAUUCAAUGUCAUAUUCAUGGAUAUUGAUGCGUUAUGCCAUCGUUCGUCUAGUACAGCAACGAUUAUGGUUAUUUUUUCCUAGUAUUGGAAUUGAGCGACACGAAAUACCAAUAUUGUCUCCAUUGUUACAACAAUUUCUUCAGAAGUUAAAUCAAUGGCAGGAAUCAUUACGUCUUACACUAGAUGCAUUUAUUUCUCCACCCGAUAAUUAUUUACCAUUGAGUACAAUUGAUACAACGAGUAAUGGUCCACCAAUCCAUCGUUAUCGUACGAUAUUAGAACAAGAUAAUACACCAUUUUCUGAGUCAUUGUCUGCAAUACCAGCUAAACGUUUAUGGAAUUGUCUAGUCAAUGAAGAACAAUUACAAAAUAUAUUUAUCAAAUAUAUAUUCAAACAAAAACCAACACCAGCAACACCGUCUAGUGUCUCAGACAAAUUCGAUGGUCGACCUGUUGACACCAAUAUAACUGAUAGUGGAUCACCGCCGCCAAAAACUGUUUAUCGUGCUUCUGAAUCAAUUAGUUCGUUUUGUUUAAAUAAUGCAAAUCCAAAUUUAAUAGCAAUCGGUCUAAUGAGAGAAUUAAUUGAACUUGAUGUUUCAAAUCUCACAGCAACAACAACUACAUCUCGAUCAACAGAGAUCUUGGACGAUGAUAGUGAAUUACCAGUGGCACUACCCACGACAGCUACAACUCUAACAACGUCUGAUGUAACAUCGAGAGCACGUUCGUUGCGCAUGCCAACUGGUGUCUAUAUGCCAAAUAAUUAUUUAGUUCAACCAGCACUGGCCAUAGCCACUGGAACAAAUGGAAAUAGUGGCGAACAACAGACAUUAACUUGUCGGCAUGCGAUUAAAGAUGCUUGCCGUUUUGCAAAUCAUCCUGUACUUCCACAUUAUUUAUGUGGCUGUAGUGAUGGUAGCGUGUAUUUAAUGAACUGGAAUCAAGAUUCACAACCACGACAAGUUCGUGAACCAACAAAACGUGUUACAAAACUUGAUUUAAGCGGUGAAGGAAAUAAAUUUGGUAUUAGUGAUGUUGAUGGCUAUUUAUCUUUACAUGUUUUGACAAACAAUCGUUCGUCAGCUUAUACGCGUCUCCUUGUACAUUCUAAAUCGGCAAAUGAUUUUGCUUUUCUUGAUUCAUCCACAUUAAUUGCAACAGCUGGCAUCUCGCAAGACAAUCAAAAUAUUUGUAUAUGGGAUACACUUAUGCCAACAUCAAGAAUGAACGUCGCAUCUUUUCAAUGUCAUGAAAUUGGUGGUGGCGCACAAUGUUUAGUUUAUUCUAAACAUCAUCAAUUAUUAAUAACUGGUGGAAAACGUGGUGAUAUGUGUAUAUUUGAUCUUAGACAACGACGUCGUUUAGCUACAAGUCAAGCACAUGAUUCACAUUUAAAAGCAUUAGCAUUAGAUCCAUAUGAACAAUUUUAUGUUACCGGUUCAACAGAGGGAAAUAUUAAACUUUGGCGUAUUCAAGGUUGUGAAUUCGUUCAUUGUUAUUACAAUGAACAUGCGCGACGUGGUUUUUUACAUGCACAAAUAAGUGGGGUUAAUCAUUUAGAAGUAACAUCGACAAGGCAUUUAUUUUCAUCCGGCGCUGAUGGUUCACUGGUUGUUCGACAACUGACACAAUUUAAUUAA